AUGAAUAGGUUUCAUUACUCUUUUCAGAUAAUCAGUGUUGCCAGUUUGAACACGGGGGAAAUUGGAGCGUUGACGUUUGAGUGUCCUCAAGGAUGGAAAGAAAAAUUUGGCAACUGUUACCUUUUCGUAAAUACACCUGAGAACCGAAAUAAUGCUGCCACUGUUUGCUCAGAGUAUGGAGGCACACUGGCAGAGCCAAAAGAUGGCAGUGAGUUGGAUUACCUGAAUGAAAUUGUAGUCAAUGAGAUUCAGAAGGGAACUGAAUUUUGGAUCGGCAAUUCUGUAAAAUCCAGUGCUUGCGAUGGAUACUGGGAAAAUUUUCAGCCUGACUGGUCAGCGGGAAAUUGUGUGAUUAUGAAAGCAGGAGGAUUAUAUGCAGUCAAACCAUGUGAAGAGUCAUACUCAUAUGCCUGUCAAAAGGAAGCAUGUAUUAAAGGCUCCUUCCAGUGUACCAAUGGCAAAUGUCUCUCUUCCAACUGGAAGUGUGACAAAGAAAAUGACUGUGGUGAUGCAUCGGAUGAAAGUAAUUGCCCUCAACAAUGUAACUAUUACCAGAAAGGAACAAAUGGCAGUUUUGUUGCCACUCCCCAAACAGUAAACAACAAUACAAACUGUUUCUUAACUUUAGAAGCUCCCAUAGGAUCAAGAAUCAAACUUAAGCUUUCAGCAAUGAAUCUGAAAAUGAUGCAUGACUAUAUAGAAAUCUGGAGCGGUGGAAGUACUCCCUCUGAAAGUUCUUUAAUUGCUCGACUCAGUGGUUCCCACAUGACCGAAUACUUUAGUUACAACAACUUUUUCUUUUUGAGAUUUUACACUGACCGUAUCAUCACUUCACAGAUAUUUUCAUUCACCUGGACGAUGAUUUCUCUACUGUCGAAAACGUUAGAGGCCACUAGCGUACCGCAGAAUCUUUUGUCUCCUCAAAAUCCAAUUUUAGUGCCCAAUCUUCAGCUUACAUGGAAAAUUAAAGCUACCAAAGGUAGCGUAAUAACCAUUCAGCUAUCCGAAUUGAAACUUCCAAACAACAAUGACACUUUCCUUAAAAUCCAUUAUGGAAAUGUUCUUGCUGCGAAGCUAACCGCGUCAACAGAAAAUGAAGUUUUCAUCUCCAAUACCAACGAAGUUACGCUAUAUCUGAAUUCCGGAAAAAAAUCCUGCAGUGGAGGGUUUAAUCUGACUUAUCAAGAAGGAUGUAAUUUGAAAUUGGAAACAGAAUCUGGUGUUAUCAGUUCUCCAGGAUUCAACUAUGAAAACCCUAAUGACGGUUUUUACAUUAAUAACCAACAAUGUACAUGGAAAAUUAUCUCCCCUGAUUCUCAGCGAUCAGUCAAUCUGCUUUUCGACUCGUAUAAUCUCAAUGACGCCAAAGAUUAUGUCAAGGCUUUUUUCUUCUUUUGCUUUUGCUUCUUUUUCUUCUUUUGCUUCUUUUUCUUCUUCUUUCUUCUUUUUCUUUUGCUUCUUUUUCUUCUUUCUUCUUCUUCUUUUGCUUCUUUUUCUUCUUCUUUCUUCUUCUUUUGCUUCUUUUUCUUCUUUUUUCUUCUUCUUUUGCUUCUUUUUCUUCUUUUGCUUCUUUUUCUUCUUUUUCUUCUUUUUUCUUUUUUCUUUUUUUGCUUUUUUCUUUUUUUUCUCUUUUCUUCUUUUUCUUCUUCUUCUUUUUCUUUUCUUCUUUUUUUCUUCUUUUGCUUCUUUUUCUUCUUUUGCUUCUUUUUCUUCUUUUUUCUUUUUUUUCUUCUUCUUUUGCUUCUUUUUCUUCUUCUUUUGCUUCUUUUUCUUCUUCUUUUGCUUCUUUUUCUUCUUCUUUUGCUUCUUUUUUCUUCUUCUUUUGCUUCUUUUUUCUUCUUCUUUUUUUUCUUCUUUUUUCUUCUUUUUCUUCUUUUUUCUUCUUCUUUUUCUUUUUUCUUCUUUUUUCUUUUUCUUCUUCUUUCUUCUUUCUUUCUUCUUUUCUUCUUUCUUCUUUUUCUUCUUCUUUCUUCUUUCUUCUUUUUUCUUCUUUUCUUUUCUUCUUUCUUCUUUCUUCUUUUCUUCUUCUUCUUCUUUUUCUUCUUUUGCUUCUUCUUUUUUCUUUCUUCUUUCUUCUUCUUUUGCUUCUUCUUUUUUCUUUCUUCUUCUUUUUCUUUCUUUCUUCUUUCUUUCUUUUUUUUACAUCAGGAAUAA